AUGCAGCAGACCAGCAUCAUCAAUCCCAAUUGGAAUUUUGAGGACAUGGGCAUUGGUGGUCUCGACUCGCAAUUCACCGUCAUGUUCCGUCGUGCGUUUGCGUCGCGCGUCAUGCCGAUUGAAAUCGUGGAGAAGCUGGGCAUUCAACACGUCAAAGGCAUUCUUCUAUACGGACCUCCUGGUACUGGCAAAACGCUCAUGGCGCGCAAGAUUGGCCAGAUGCUCGAGGGCCGCGAACCCAAGAUUGUCAACGGCCCAGAGGUUCUUUCAAAGUAUGUGGGCGAGGCCGAGGCCAACAUUCGUGCGCUGUUCGAGGACGCCGAGACCGAGUACAAGCAAAAGGGCGAAAUGUCCUCGCUCCACAUUAUUAUCUUUGAUGAGAUUGAUGCCAUUUGCAAAACCCGUGGCACCGUCAACAACGGCACUGGCGUGAAUGACAGUAUUGUGAACCAGCUGCUCUCUAAGAUUGAUGGCGUCGAUUCGCUCAACAACAUCCUCUUGAUUGGCAUGACCAAUCGCCCGGACAUGAUUGACGAUGCCUUGACGCGUCCCGGUCGCUUGGAGCUCAAGCUCGAAAUCAGUUUGCCGGAUGAGAACGGCCGCCUGCAAAUCUUUCAGAUUCACACCAAGCAGAUGCAUGACAACGACAUGCUUGGGGCUGAUGUUGACCUCAAAGAGCUGGCGGCCAUGGCCAAAAACUACAGCGGUGCCGAGAUUGCGGGUGUUUGCCGCAGUGCCGCGUCCUAUGCUACGAACCGUUGCAUCAAGUUUGAGGGCAAGGUUGAGGUCAAGCAGGAGAUGAUCAAGGACAUGAAGGUGGAGCGUGAAGACUUUAUGCGGGCACUCGAGGAACUCAAGCCUGCCUUUGGUGCUGCCACAGAGGAGAUGGAUGAGUGGUGCCGCAACGGCAUUGUCAAAUGGGGUGAUAGCGUGGAUCGAGUGCUCAAUGAUGGGCAGCUAUUCAUCCAGCAAGUGCAAAACUCGACGCGCACACCACGCGUGGCCGUGCUGCUUGCCGGUCCGCCCAACGCGGGCAAAACGGCGCUCGGCGUGACCUUGGCUCUUCGCUCCGGCUUCCCCUACGUUAAAAUGAUUACGCCCGAGAACAUGGUGGGCUAUUCGGAGUUUGCCAAGGUGGCCAAGAUCAACAAGGUGUUUGAGGACGCCUACAAGUCGCCCCAGAGCGUGAUCGUCAUUGACGAGAUCGAGCGCCUGCUCGAUUACGUGCCCAUGGGUCAACGAUUCUCGAACACUGUCUUGCAGGCCUUGCUGGUGCUGUUGAAGAAGCGCCCCCCCAAGGGCCACAAGCUCUUGAUCAUUGGCACCACGAGCAAUCAAUCAGUGUUGAACAUGAUGGGCAUUGUGGAUGCCUUUAGCCGUGUCAUGCACGUGGAUACCAUGACCGAGGGGAGCGAGAUCAUUGGCGUCAAGAAGCUGUACAUGCUGAUCGAGAUGGCGCGCCAGGUGCGCUUUUCGAAGACUCGCGACAAGAAAAGACUUGAAAUUUCUGAGUAUUCAUCACAUUGA